UCUGACUCUUGCAAUCAUUCAGGAUAAAGAAAAGAACAGGAGAAGGAGGGUGAAAGAAAAAUGCCACCCAACUCAAUGCUAAGGGAAGAACAUGCCUGAGUCAGAGAUCCUGGGAAGGAUGUGGUGAGUUUCUGGAGAAGAAAGGUCACUGUGUGGACUUCUGCUUCACCUCAUGCAAAAAUGUCUUCCAAUGAAUAGAGAAUGAGCAAAGUCACCUUAACAAAAUGUCUCUUAAGGCAGACUGAAAAAAAGAGAAGAAUUGGAAUCCAAUCUUGAGUCUGGAGCUGCUGAGGAUAUUGAUGGUUAUGUCAAAAUCUUUCAGCAGCCUAUGGUAUAAUGGGUUACCAGUUGGAUGAUUUCAAGUCAUCUGAAACAUGAUACAUACUUCUCUUCCUCGUCCACACCUACAUGCUGACACAUUACCAGUUUUGUUUCCAAGAGUGGACUUCACAGAACUACACAGUGCCUGAUCCAAUUAGCCGCUUUGAUGUUCCUCACUGGACCAUACUAUGUCAGAGAGCCACAAUGAUCAUGCAAAAUAACAGUUCAGCCUCACCCAUGUUUUCAAAUGUCAGCUCCUUCUGGAAGAGAGAUUCACAUGAGCUGGGACUCCUUGAUGAAGCAGCAUCGCUCAUUGGCAGCUAUGAUUUCCCUCAGACCACAGAGAGCUUUUCCUUCUCCACUAUGGAAUCAACAAACAUGUCCCUAAAUGCUACAAGCAAAGACCCUCUGGGUGGACACACUGUCUGGCAAGUAGUUCUGAUUGCUUUCCUCACUGGGAUCCUUGCACUGGUGACCAUCAUAGGAAACAUCCUAGUGAUUGUUGCUUUUAAGGUUAACAAACAACUGAAAACUGUCAACAACUACUUCUUGCUGAGUCUCGCUUGUGCCGAUUUGAUUAUCGGUGUUAUUUCCAUGAAUCUUUACACUACAUACAUCAUCAUGGACCACUGGGCUUUGGGAAACUUGGCCUGUGAUCUUUGGCUCUCCAUUGACUAUGUUGCCAGUAAUGCCUCUGUCAUGAAUCUCCUUGUCAUAAGUUUUGACAGGUAUUUUUCCAUCACUAGACCGCUUACAUACAGAGCCAAACGAACAACCAAAAGGGCUGCAGUGAUGAUCGGUUUGGCAUGGAUCGUCUCUUUUGUUCUUUGGGCCCCUGCCAUCUUGUUUUGGCAGUAUUUUGUUGGGGAGAGGACUGUGCCUCCUGAUGAAUGUUUUAUCCAGUUUCUAAGUGAACCUAUCAUCACUUUUGGCACUGCCAUAGCUGCCUUUUACUUACCAGUCACUAUUAUGAGUAUUUUGUAUUGGAGGAUCUACAAGGAGACCGAGAAGCGCACCAAAGAAUUAGCAGGGCUACAGGCUUCAGGCAGUGAAGCAGAGGCAGCACGCUUCAUACACCAGACAGGCAGCUCCCGGAGCUGUAGCAGCUAUGAGCUGCAGCGGCAGAGCAUGAAGCGCUCCACACGAAGGAAAUACAGACGCUGCCACUUCUGGCUUACAAUGAAGAGCUGGGAACCCAACACAGACCAGGGGGACCAAGAACACAGCAGCAGUGACAGCUGGAACAACAAUGAUGCUGCUGCCUCUCUUGAAAAUUCAGCCUCCUCUGAUGAAGAAGACAUUGCUGCAGAGACCAGAGCCAUCUACUCAAUCGUGCUGAAGCUUCCUGGUCACAGCGCCAUCCUCAAUUCCACAAAACUACCCUCCUCGGAAGAUUUGCAUGAGUCAGGGGAUGAGCUACAGAAGUCUGACACGGAAUCAAAAGAAAAGAAACCUAAAAAAUUGCACCCUCCCAAAAGCAUUCAGGAUGGUGGAAACUUCCAAAAGAGCUUUUCUAAGCUUCCGAUUCAGCCAGGAUCAGCAGAAACGACCACAACUUCUGAUGACAUCUCAUCAGUGACCAAGGCAUCUGCGGCUCUGCCCUUGUCCUUCAAGGAAGCAACUCUGGCAAAAAAGUUUGCCUUGAAGACCAGAAGUCAGAUCACAAAGAGAAAACGUAUGUCACUUAUCAAAGAAAAGAAAGCAGCACAGACACUCAGUGCCAUUUUGUUUGCCUUCAUCAUUACCUGGACCCCAUAUAACAUCAUGGUUCUGGCAAACACCUUUUGCAGCUGUAUUCCCAAAACUUUCUGGAACCUGGGGUAUUGGCUUUGCUACAUCAAUAGCACAGUGAACCCCAUGUGCUAUGCACUGUGUAACAAAACAUUCAGAAACACUUUCAAGAUGCUGCUGCUGUGCCAGUGCGACAAACGAAAACGACGCAAACAGCAGUAUCAGCAAAGGCAGUCUGUCAUUUUUCAUAAGCGAAUCCCUAGGGAGGCUUCAUAAAGUAGUGUUUUUUAAACCAUUGUGAAAAAUAACAAAGCAGAGGUGUGCUGGGACAAGGUGAGACAGGACAGAACAGGACGAGAUUGGGGUGGGAGGGAUGGUGCCAGGGUGCUCGUUCAUUUAAACAUCAAGACGUGAAAGCAGCUGCCAGACUUAGGUAUCCUUUUAAUAAAUCCAGUUUAAUACAAGAAAGUAAAUCUGCAUUCAGCAAAAACUUCCAAACGUCAACAUUUUUACUAAGGAAUGAAAGACUUAAUAAAGUUUUCUUACAAGUUUGUGAGAAGCUGUAUAGCAAAUGUAGUCCCAUUGCUGAUCUGCCCAGCUCUUUGAUUAUAUCAACUCUGGGAUCUCAGGUAAGCACAUCUAGCUAGCCCAACUCUUUUGUUUCCAAGGAAUCCAACAGCUUUCAAUUCAAGUCACACACAGAUGUAGCAAGCUAGCCAAACAGGAUUAUGAAUUGAUUUGAAACAUUGUAUAGGUUGCAGAAUUGCUUUUUCUUGUCCAGAUAGAGCUUCUUGUCUACUUAUCUUCUGACUAACUGUUAGUUGUACCCCGAUUCCUGAUUGCUGAGUAUCUGUGUGCAGCUCUCGUUGUAUAUAUGUGUGUGUCAGUGUGUAUGUAUGUAAUGUACAUUCACACUUCUAAAAUACACACAUACCAGGAAAGAGGUGAUCUGUUGUUCCCUAUGACACCUCUCUUCACAAUUACAUGUGAGUGAAAUACACAAAAAUAAAUGAGAAAAUCACAUUAUAAAUAUAUCUUUCAUUAUUUUCUACCUGAAAUCCAAGGCUAUCUUUGAAACCAGAACAUGGUGUCCACAUUUGAAAUGGAGAGGAUCGAAGUGUAACCUGUAAGCCUAACGAUCUCCAGAGAUUUAUAAUGCACAGGAAGAGCUUAAUCUUGAGCACAGUAUCUCUCUCCAAAGUGAUCACACCUCUUUAAAAGAUACGAUGGUGAAAGGAAUUGAAGGCUGCAUUCAGGGCAGUGUACGAAGGUAUUUUUGUAGGGUGUAGGACGAUGAGAGCCCACAUCUGGGCUGCACAGUGCUGAUGCUCAAAGAGAGUUGCUGAGGAACCAGGCAGAUGCAGAUACUAGCACAAGCCCUGUUUUGUGCUCGGGUGCCAACACUGCUGUCAAGGCGCGCCUGGAUGCUGUGGCACCUUGGUCUGAAUUGCAUCGUGUGGAUGCACCACCCUUCUCAGAGCCAGCUCAGAUCUGAUGCACAGUAUCCAUACAGCUCCCAGUGAAAGUCCAAGUUGUAAUCUUCUGUCUGAACUUGGUGGAACUCCCCCUUCUUGCACUGUCUGCCCAGGUGAUCUUCAGAUGCAAAAGAUUUGCGUAAAAGAAAUGCUUUAUUUUUGCACAUGAAGGACACUCACUUAAAAGCAUUUCUUUUCCAGAACCUUUUUUUAAAAGAAUCAUCAUGAGAAAUGCACCUAAAUCCACUUAAUGCCAAGUUAUUUGGUGUUGUGGAAAACAUGAUAUUGCCAAUUUGUAAUCUGGCAAUUUUUGAUAAAGAAGAUUUUAAAAGGGCUUUAAUAUUUAUAGCUUAGACAUGACCAGUAUUUCCUGGUAUUUGUGAUGUGGUCUGCACCAACCAUGAUUUGUAAAAGUCAGAGAUCCCCUGGGGAAAGGAUUGUACUUUAGGCUAUUGUUCUAAAUCUGAUUUAGUUACAUCUUGGAAGGUAAUUUUUGUAUUUGCCUUUGAACUGACCAAAACUUUUUUUUUUUUUUAUUGCUUACUCUUAUUUUGCUGAAAAUGAAACAAAACAAAUAUCUUCUUUUACAAAAGGGCAUCAGUGUUGUGAACAUGGAACUGAUGUUAAAGCUGCUUUUGUAUUCAGUGUGAGAUGGUGUUUACAGAUGAUUUUGACAACAGUGGAAAUAUAUUAAAUGGUGUCUGUGUAUCUGAACUAUUUAAUUUCGUGUUAUGUUCAUAUGAAGAAAUAUUUAUACAUGCUUCACCAAAUGUUUUAUUUAAUGUUGAUAAAUAUUGUUCUUCAGUCUUCAGCUGUAGUGUCCUUUUAAAGUGAUUUAUACGGGUCUGCUUGAGAAAUGAAUUGAGUGUACCUAGCCCUCUCGUCACUAAAACAAAUACUCUGAACAUAAAACUCAUUCUCUUGUAGGAGCUGUUUAAAAUGUCUGCUUAAAGGCAGUCUUGUAAAUGGUACUGCAAGUACAAGUUUAGGAAAAAACAUGAAAAAAAAAAAAAGUUAAAGCUUCAUCUGUUAGUUGAAAGUGCAUUUUGAGCUAAAGAUACCCAGAACUGGUUUACCGGUUUGGUAGCCACAUACAAUCAGAGUUUUUUGAGGCAUUCAUGUUGCAAAGAAAAUUGACAACCUUUAUUUCUGGAAAGAUUCAUAAAUUUGAAAUAUAUUCAUUACUCAAGUUGACCUAAUGUUUUAACAUUUAAAUAUAUAUCUAUAUCUAUCUAUCUAUCUAUAUUGCCAUAUUAUUAUCUUCUGAUAUCUAGAGUAGUGCUGUGCCCCUAAUACACAAAAUGUGAGAGCAUGUAAGGAAGCCAGAGUUCGUUGGGGGGAUUUAUGGUAUAUUAGGAUUGAUUUUACAAUGGGAAACUAUUAUUUUUAAUGAAGUUAAGCUUCCUUGAAAGCAACUGUCACCACUGUUUACAUAAUAGUAAGAGUUAAACCCUUGAAUUGUUUUAACAAAGAAAUAAACAGUCUGUCUUUUGA